UUCUCCUUUUCUCUCUCUAAUUUUAGCUUUAAAUUUUAGAGAGAUAAAUAGAGUUAGUGAAGAGGAUUAUAACUAGCUAGGGUGCAAACCCUAACUUCUUUUCUUACUUUUUUAUAAUUUUUUUUGGGUGAAGUUAGUUUUUUUUUCUUCUAGUAGUUCCAAGAAAGGUCAAAUUGGUGAUGAAUAAGCUGAAGUUAUCAUCAAGAAGCUAGUUAUUAUUCACAAACAAAGCUUAUUAGAGUGGAAAAAGAUACAAUAUAAUAUGGGGUCAAUGAAUACUAACAAUUGGCUGUCAUUCCCUCUUUCUCCUACCCAUCCUUCCCUUCAAUCACAUCUUCAAUCCAAUGAUUCACAACCUCAUCAACAAUUCUCUUUGGGUUUAGUCUCUGACCAUAUUGACAAUCCUUUUGCUCAAGCACAAGAAUGGAAUUUGAUCAAUUCACAAGGGGGAAAUGAGGUGCCAAAAAUAGCAGAUUUCUUAGGAGUAGGGAAAUCAGAAACUCAUCAUUCUCCAGACCUAACAGUGUUUAAUGAUAUUGGUCAAGGAAACGAUUCAGACUAUCUUUUCUCCGGUAACAAUGGCCUUCUGGCGAUGCAAAACAGUGUGGCCGCAGCUAGUAAUGGUACUCAAUAUGAUCAAUACCAAGAUAACUCUAAUAAUUGCUUGCAAUCUUUAACUUUGUCUAUGGGAAGUAGUGGGCAACAACAGCAACCAAUUUCAAGUACUAAUAACUGUGAUAAUAGUGGAGAUAAUAAUAGCACUGCUAGUGGCUCAACCUCCACUGCCGCCACCGUAACCACCGCCAUUACUCCGGUUGUUGAAGCUACUCCUAGGAGGACUUUGGAUACUUUUGGGCAAAGGACUUCUAUCUAUAGAGGUGUUACUAGGCAUAGAUGGACUGGACGAUAUGAAGCUCAUCUUUGGGACAAUAGUUGUAGAAGAGAAGGACAAUCAAGGAAGGGUCGUCAAGUGUAUCUUGGAGGGUAUGAUAAAGAAGAUAAGGCCGCUAGGGCAUAUGAUCUAGCUGCAAUCAAGUAUUGGGGAACUUCCACUACUACCAAUUUUCCAAUCAGCAAUUACGAAAAAGAAAUAGAAGACAUGAAACAUAUGACUAGACAAGAAUUUGUAGCAUCCAUUCGAAGGAAGAGUAGUGGUUUCUCUAGAGGUGCAUCAAUUUAUCGUGGUGUAACAAGACACCAUCAACAUGGAAGAUGGCAAGCAAGAAUUGGAAGGGUAGCGGGAAACAAAGAUUUAUACUUAGGAACAUUUAGUACGGAAGAGGAGGCUGCGGAAGCUUAUGAUAUAGCUGCUAUCAAGUUUAGAGGUCUAAAUGCUGUGACUAACUUUGAUAUGAACCGUUAUGAUGUCAAGGCUAUCCUAGAGAGUAAUACCCUACCUAUUGGAGGUGGAGCCGCUAAGCGCCUUAAAGAAGCCCAAGCUAUAGAAUCUUCAAGAAAGAGGGAGGAAAUGCUUGCCCUAAGUAAUAGUAGCUACCCUUAUGGAGCUACUAGUUCGACGGCAAGCCGGUAUGGGGCCCACCACCAAGCUAGUCAUGCAUACCCUUUACUACCAUACCACCAUCAAGACCACCAACAACAACCCUUGUUAACCCUACAAAAUAACCAUGGUCAAGAUCAUAGUAACAUUUCCCUCUCACAAUACUCACAAGAGGCUCAAUUCCUUAGGUUGUACCAACAAUCAAGUUAUUCAAACCCUAGUAGCAUGUACAAUAAUUAUCUCCAAACUAACCCUAGUUUACUUCAUGGGUUUAUGAGCAUGGGUGGAUCAAAUUCCGAUGGAGUGAUUGAUACUAAUAAUGGAGGAUACCUUGGUGGUGGGGUCGGACUCCUUGGGAUGGGGUCCGCCUCCACCACCAGUAAUGUGGUGGGGUCAGGUGAUCCUGAGCCACAUACUAUGGUGAAGGUUGACUAUGAUAUGCCUUCUAGUGGUGGUGGUGGAGGAAAUUAUGAAGGGUGGUCAACUGAGACAGUCCAAGGUCCAAAUAAUGGGAUUUUUACAAUGUGGAAUGACUAGUUAUCAAGUGUUAUUAAGAUAAAUUUGCAUGGGAAAUGAGAGAAAAAUGGAAUAGGUUUUAGGGUAUAACCAAAAAAAUUUUAACUCGCUUUAUUUAACUUUUUCUUGUGUUUUAAA